CCCUCGCCCCGCCGCGCUGCUCUGGGCGCCCCGGGACCGCCGCCGCCUCCCGCCGCCUCCCGCCGCCCUCCGGCCCUCCCGGCUCCCGGCCCCACCGGCAGCAUGCCGGGCGAGGCGGCGGCCGCGCUGGCCGUGGGUGUGCUGCUCGCUGCCUGCCACGCGCUGGAGAACACCACGGCGGCCUGGAGCGCUCCGGACCCGCCGGUGGCGGCGGCGGUGAGGUCCCACUUCAACGACUGUCCCGACUCCCACAGCCAGUUCUGCUUCCACGGCACCUGCCGGUUCCUGGUGCAGGAGGACAAGCCGGCGUGCGUGUGCCAUUCGGGGUACGUGGGGACGCGGUGCGAGCACGCCGACCUCCUGGCCGUGGUGGCCGCCAACCAGAAGAAGCAGACGAUCACCGCCUUGGUGGUGGUGUCGGUGGUGGCCUCCGUGCUGCUCAUCGGCGUGUGCGUGCUCAUACACUGCUGCCGGCUGCGGAAGCGCUGCCAGUGGUGCCGGGCGCCGGUCGGUGGCCAGGAGAAGCCGGGUGGGCUACUGAAAGGCGGCACGUCCUGCUGCCACGCCGAGACGGGGGUCUGACGGAGCGGGGGGGUCCCACCGCCGCCACCCCCCCCGCCCCCAGCCAGGACGCCCGCGCCGGGGACCAGCGCAGCAUCUCUCUUCUGGUUUUGGGCUUUUUUGUUUGUUUGUUUGUUUGUUUUCCCCUUUUUUUUUUCUUUAUUUCUCCCCACCACGGAAGGCGGCAGGAGAUGCGCUCGGCAGCACCGUACGCAUGCCAGCAGCAGCAAAGCGCUGGCAGCGCCGGGCAUCACCCCCGCCACAGAGCCGAACCCCGGCCACGUGCAACUGGGGUUUGGGUUUUUGGUUGGUUUUUGGUUUUGGUUUUUUUUUCCCUCUUUGGUUUUGGGUUUGUUUUUCCUUUUUCUCAGAUUUUUUUUUUUUUUUUUUUAAACCAGAACCCCCCACUCCCACAGGAUGGGGCUUUAUUUUUCUAUAGAGACAGAAGCGCCAGCGAAACCUCCGCCUUGGCAGUCGCACAGACCGCGCUCACUUUGGGGACAGAUAUGAGCUUUUUAUUAAUAAUAAAAUGAACCUUAAUCCUAGGAAACCUCCUCAGGCCGGUGCUCUAACCUCCCGGUGCAGCGUUAAUCCUUCCUGUAGUCUUUAUCAUAACCAGCCCGAAGCUUUUUUUCUUUGGUUUUUUGGGUUUUGUUUUUUGGUUUUGUGUUUUUGGUUUUGUUUUUUUUUUUUUACAGUCAUGGUUACUCUCAUGUCUUCUGUAUAUGUUGCACUGAAAGUUAAUAUUUAAUGUUUUAAUUUAUUUUGUGUGGUUAAAUUAAUUUUGAUUUCUAUAAUAUGUUAUUGUGAUCAGCUGUUCUUUUUUCCCCCUAAUACCUGGAUUAUAGUUAUUUAAGUGAUAUAAAGGACACUUUUUUCAGAAAA